AUGGGAGAUUAUCUUACACCAAGUGAUUUACCAUCACCAAAAUUGAAAAGAACCAACACCGGUUUUACCCCCACCGAGAUUAAAUCAUUAGAUGCAGAAAUUCCUGAACAAUCUAAAGCAGUAUGGUUAAAAUAUACCAAAUUGAAAUUAUUGAAUUCAAGAUCUAAGAAUGAAAAGAAUGGUAAGAAUGAUGAAGAAACUUUCGAAGAAAAUUUCAUCAAUCAUGUUGAAACCACUUUGGCUAGAAAUAUGUUAAAUUGUGAUGCCUUAGCAGCUUAUCAAGCGUCUUCAAUUACUAUUAGAGAUGAAUUGGUCAUUGAUUGGGCCAACACUCAACAAAGACAAACCAUUCAUGAUGGUAAAAGGGUUUAUUAUUUCUCUUUAGAAUUCUUGAUGGGAAGAGCUAUGGAUAAUGCUUUAGUCAAUUUAGAUUGUAGAGAUAACACCAAAAACUCUUUGAGUAAUUUAGGUUUCAACUUAGAAGAUGUUUUACAUCAAGAACCAGAUGCUGGUUUAGGUAAUGGUGGUUUAGGUAGAUUAGCUGCUUGUUUCGUCGAUUCUUUGAGUUCAAAGAACUAUAGUGGUUGGGGUUAUGGUUUGAAUUAUCAAUAUGGUAUUUUCAAGCAAAAGAUUAUUGAUGGUUAUCAAAUUGAAACUCCGGAUUAUUGGUUAAAAUUUUCCAACCCUUGGGAAAUUGUUAGAAAUGAAAUUCAAAUUCCUGUUGAUUUUUAUGGUUAUGUCUAUGAAACAUAUGAUGAAUCAACUGGAAAAUCUAAAAAAGUUUGGAACGGAGGUGAAAGAGUUUUAGCUGUUGCUGUAGAUUUCCCAAUUCCAGGGUUCAAUACUUCUAACACCAAUAAUUUAAGAUUAUGGAAUGCUAGACCAACUAAUGAGUUCGAUUUCACUAAAUUCAAUUCUGGUGAUUAUCAACAAUCAGUUUUAGCUCAACAAAGAGCUGAAUCAAUCACUUCAGUCUUAUAUCCUAAUGACAAUUUUGAUAAAGGUAAAGAAUUAAGAUUGAAACAACAAUUCUUCUGGGUUUCUGCCUCCUUGCAUGAUAUUGUUCGUAGAUUUAAGAAGUCUCAUGACAACAACUGGACCAAAUUCCCCGAACAAAUUGCUAUUCAAUUAAAUGAUACCCACCCAACUUUAGCUAUCGUUGAAUUACAAAGAAUUUUGGUUGAUUUAGAAGGUUUAACAUGGGAUCAAGCUUGGUCAAUUGUUACUCAAACUUUUGGUUACACUAAUCAUACUGUUAUGCAAGAAGCUUUAGAAAAAUGGCCAGUUAGUGUUUUGGGACAUCUUUUACCAAGACAUUUGGAAAUAAUUUAUGAUAUCAAUUAUUUCUUCUUGAAAGCUGUGGAAAAGAAAUUCCCUAAUGAUAGGGAUAUCUUAGCUAGAGUUUCGAUCAUUCAAGAACUGGAACCAAAAUCCGUUAGAAUGUCUCAUUUGGCUAUUAUUGGUUCCCAUAAAACUAAUGGGGUUGCUGAAUUACAUAGUGAAUUGAUCAAGACUACUAUUUUCAAGGAUUUUGUUAAAAUUCUUGGACCAGAUAGAUUUACCAAUGUCACCAACGGUAUCACACCAAGAAGAUGGUUAAAACAAGCUAAUCCUGAAUUAGCUCAAUUAAUCAGUGAAUCAUUGAAUGAUCCAGAUUAUAAAUUUUUAACCAGCUUAACUGAUCUUAAAAAAUUGGAAAAAUUCGUUGAUGAUGAUGAGUUCUUGAAGAAAUGGGAUAGAAUUAAGUAUGCCAACAAAAUCAAAUUAACUAAAUUGAUUAAAUCUGAAACCGGUAUUGAUGUUGAUCCAACCGUUAUGUUUGAUGUCCAAGUUAAAAGAAUUCAUGAAUAUAAAAGACAACAAUUGAACAUCUUUGCUGUCAUUUAUAGAUACUUAAGGAUCAAGGAAUUAUUGGCUGAAGGUAAAUCAAUUGAUGAAAUCAAAUUAAAAUAUUUCAUUCCAAAAUGUUCAAUCUUCGGUGGUAAAGCCGCACCAGGUUAUUACAUGGCUAAAACUAUCAUUCAUUUAAUCAAUAAGGUCGGUGAUGUGGUUAACAAUGAUCCUGAAAUUGAUAACUUAUUGAAAGUAGUUUUCAUUCCUGAUUAUAAUGUUUCGAAAGCCGAAAUUAUUUGUCCAGGUUCAGAUUUGUCAAAUCAUAUUUCUACUGCUGGUACUGAAGCUUCAGGAACUUCUAAUAUGAAAUUCGCCUUGAAUGGUGGUUUAAUCAUUGGUACAGUCGAUGGUGCUAAUGUGGAAAUCACUAGAGAAAUCGGUGAAGACAAUAUUUUCCUUUUCGGUAAUUUAUCUGAAUCAGUUGAAGAAAUAAGACACGAUCAUAUUUACCAUGGGGUUAAAAUUUCAGACAACUUAAAUAAGGUAUUUAAUGCCAUCCAAUCAGGCAUGUUCGGAGAAGCUCAUGAAUAUUCAACUUUAGUAGAUAGCAUCAAAUACCAUGGUGAUUAUUAUUUAGUCAGUGAUGAUUUCGAAUUAUUCUUAGAUUGUCAUAAGAGAUUAGAAAAAAUCUAUGGUCACCAUGGUGGUGAUGAAAAAGAUUUAGACCAUUUACAUAGAUGGGUUAAAAAAUCAGUUAUUUCAGUUGCCAAUAUGGGAUUCUUCUCUUCUGAUAGAUGUAUUGACGAAUAUGCUGAAAAUAUCUGGAAUAUUGAACCUUUGAAUCCCAAUUAG